CAGAGCUAUCACCCGGACAAAAGAAAACACACAACGCUCAACAGCAAAUAUGCCACUAAAGAUUAAGAAGGUCAAGCUGCGUAUGUGGAAGAACAAAGGGGAGCACCACACGCGCGAAUUUGGCGGCAAGCGUCUGCUGCUGCGUCGUGGCCAGAGCUUCCUGCUCACUAUCAAGACCCGGCGGCAGAAGUUCCAACCGGAAUCCGACACGCUCCUGUUCACCAUGGAGACAGGCCCCCGGCCCUCAGAGGCCAAGGGAACGCGCUGUGUGUUUGGCUACCCGAAGCCCGCAGGCGCCAAGUGGACGCUGGAGAUUCAGAAGAGCAACCGCAAGUCCACCACCUUUCAUGUCAGCAGCCCAGCCGACGCCAGCGUGGGCUCCUACACUCUGUCCAUGAGGGUGGGGGCACGGGACGCCCAGCCACGCAUCAUCACCAGCCUGGUGCUCCUCUUCAACCCCUGGUGUGCAGAGGACUGGGUGCACCUCCCAGACGAGGCGGAGAGGCAGGAGUAUGUGAUGAGUGAGCAGGGCCUGAUCUACAGAGGCUCUGAUAGCUACAUCAGCCCCAUGGCCUGGGACUUUGGACAGUUUGAGGAGGAUAUCCUGGACAUCUGCUUAAAGCUACUGGACAUGAACCCCAAGUGUCUGAGGGACCCUGAGGAGGACUUCUCUGCCCGCUGCAACCCCCUCUACGUAGGGAGGGUGGUCAGUGCUAUGAUCAAUGCUAACGAUGACCGCGGGGUCGUGGCGGGUCGCUGGCAAACUCCGUACUCUGGCGGAGUGGCCCCCACCCACUGGAACGGCAGCGUGGACAUCCUGCGCCAGUGGGACAAGAGCUCCUGCUCCCCCGUCAAGUACGGCCAGUGCUGGGUGUUUGCUGGGGUCAUGUGCUCAGUUAUGAGGUGCUUGGGAAUCCCAUGUCGUGUGGUCAGCAACUUCCAGUCUGCCCACGACACCGAUAAGAACCUGAUUAUCGACGAGUUCUACACGGACGAUGGGGUGCGCGCUAAGGAGAGCCACGACAGUGUGUGGAACUUCCACGUGUGGGUAGAGGGGUGGAUGAAGCGUCCAGACCUCGCUGCAGGGUCUACAUAUGAUGGCUGGCAGGUGCUGGACCCCACCCCACAGGAGAAGAGUACAGGGGUGUUCUGCUGUGGUCCGUGCCCGGUGAAGGCUGUUCUGGAGGGACACACUGACCUGAAGUACGACGGGCCGUUUGUCUUCGCUGAGGUCAACGCUGAUCAGGUCUACUGGAUGCUCACGAAAGACGGCUCAAAGCGGAGGCUGCACACAGACACUUCAGGGAUCGGACGCAACAUCAGCACCAAAGCUGUUGGCCAAGACAAGCGAGUGGACAUCACAGGCAACUACAAAUACCCAGAGGGUUCUAAAAAGGAACGCCAGGUGUUUGAGGAAGCCGUGCGCCGAGGAAACGAGACCAAGCCGCGUCCGGAGGAGCCGCAGAAGCCGGAGAAGCCCGAGCCGGCCGUGGUGACGCUGAAGAUCACGGAGGAGAGCCAGCAGGUCAUGGGGCAGGACGUGGUGCUGAGUCUUCUCCUCCGCAGCGAGCAGCAGACCUCGCGGGAGAUCAGCGUCCAGCUCAACGGCCAGGCCAUGCGCUACACAGGUGUGCCCGACAGCCAGGUGUGGCACCAGGUGAAGGACGUCGUGCUGCAGCCCAAGAAGGACGUUAAGAUUCCUAUCAAGAUCCCAUUCUCUUCAUACGGGACCAAAAUGCUGGACAACAACAGUCUGAAGGUGUCUGCACUAGUGCAGGACAAGCAGAACCCAGGAGAUGGCUACCUGGCUGAGAAGAACAUUGUGCUGAAGGAACCCACUCUCACUAUCGAGGCCCCCAGCACCUGUGAGGAGUGGGUCAAAGGGACGGCUGAGAUCACCUUCCACAACCCGGUGCCCAGAACACUCAAAGAUGGCGUCUUCACUCUGUCAGGCAGUGGGCUGCUGCAUACUUCUGUGGUGCUCAGAGUUGCCGAGGUGGUGCACGACCAGCGUGUGCGUCUGCAGAUCCCGUUCGUGCCCUACCGCGCCGGCUCCAAGAAGCUGGUGGCCAAUUUCGACUGCUGCACCUUCAGGGACAUCAAGGCCAGCUGCAACGUGGAGGUCCAACCCGUCCAGGAAACAGCUGAUUCCGAUUCAGAUAAUGGUCUCGUCGACAACUUUGGCUUCUUUAAUGCUUCACGCAACACACACAUGCACACACACUUCAACUCUCAUACAUCCACACAUCAUUCAUCAUUCACAUACACUCACUCACACACUCGCAUCGUCCUCUAGUUGAUUCUUGAGAAAUUGGACAAAAUUAUGUUCAGCAGUUGUAACUGAAUUAGGUUAAACAACAUUAACGUAUUUCAAUUGCAAAUGUUGUUAAGGAUUAACAAUUCACUAUUACUAAAUCAGUGUGUUUACUGUCCGGAGAACGGUUCAAUCAUUUCUAAUAAAAUGUGUUCAAAUGUUUUCACUAUUGAAAGCAUCAAGAGAAGGAACAUUAAAAAAGAACCAUAGAGGGGACAUUGAGCAAGACUGCUUCCAAAUGUGUUUUUAGAAGGUUGUCCAUCAGACAUUUCAUUAAACUGAAAUAAAGGUCGGCCAUUUUCAGGGCAACGCUAACACGGACGAGCCACUUGUCCCAUUUCACUCUAGCAGAAUAGCCCACAUCAUUGAGAUUUUGCAGGAAAUUAUUCAGACUUUUUAGGCAUCUUUUUCUUUUUAAAGGAGAAUAAAACAGUAAAUCGGUUUUACCUAGUUCGAGUUGCUGCAGCCAACAGCGAGAGUUGCCAGACAGCCUACACUCUAGUCUGGGGGCAUGUUCAUGAGCCCCCAUGCCCCCCCCAUAUUCAUGCACCCCCAUGUUCAUGAGCCUCCACGUUCAUGCCCCCAUAGAAUAAAGGUAAAAAUAAAUGGCUGCUGUAUAUCCUCCAUUUGAUUGGGAAAACAAUGCUGAUUGGUCAACUCUGCUGAUAGCCUAAAGGUUUAAAUGUUUAAAGGUGCCAUGAGAGAUUCUGUAGGCUUUAAAUUAUUUGCUUGGUUUGUCGCUUGGUGUGUUGCUUGUUUGCUUUGAUCACAAGUCAUUGUGUGCCAUGCAAUACUGUUCUAAUAAACUCUGACAGACACAAUGACUCCUGAUGCUUUAUGUAAAAAAAAACCCACAUCCUUGUUUUAAUGUACAUAUUUUUUAUUUCCUGAUGAUCUCUACAACCUUUGUAUAAUAUUCUAGCAUCAUCAAAGCAUAUUAAAAACCUUUAAUUGCAUAUAUGCAUAUUUGCCAUCCAGGCUCAGCCCACUCACUCACUCACUCACUCACUAUCUCUCUCCUCUCCCU